AUGCAGUUGAACGAUACGAGCUGGUUUUUUAAGGAAUUCAUCAAAGCAGUCGAAAAAUUCAAGAAACUGAGAGCUCGUUUUGAUCAGAGACAGGUGUUAAAGCAUGAAUUUGAGCUAUUAAUUCGCUUCGAAGAAGAGACUUAUCCCAUAUGGGGACUGUACCAGCAGGUUGUCGUCGGAAAUAUCAAUGUUCCAAGUCGCGUUUGCUCGUUAGAAGAACGCCUACCGGAUCUCAUUGAGGAGUGGAAAGACGAUCAGGAUCCACGAAUCCCGGACCGAAAUCGCUACGUACCGGAAGAGGAACGUGAUGAGGUGGAGCGUAUCACCAGAGAGGCAAAGCUGGCCAGACGUCAACGAGAUGCGGCGAAACGAGCAGAAGAGGAAGCAUUAGGAAUGUGGGAUGAAUGA